AUGUGACGUCAUAAGGCUGCGCCGCAAACCUGCAUAUGUUGUGAUUCGACUGAAGAAAGAAAAACUCCUGGUGAAGCGACUGAAAUCCACUUCAGAUGGCGUUUAUUAAAGAGGAGAGUGGAGAAAUGAAGAUCGAAGAAACAUUCAGUGUGAAACAAGAAGAAACUGAGGAACAAACAAAGAUGACGUUUAUUAAAGAGGAGAGUGAAGACAUGAAGAUUGAAGAAACAUUCAGUGUGAAACAAGAAGAAACUGAGGAACAAACAGACAUGGGGUUUAUUAAAGAGGAGACUGAAGACAUGAAGAUUGAAGAAGUAUUCAGUGUGAAAAAAGAAGAAACGGAGGAACAAACAGAACUUAUGGCGCUGAAAGAGGAGAGUGAAGAACUGAAUGAAAUGGAAAAUAAAGAUCAGAGGCCUUUCUCCUGCCAACAGUGUGGGAAAAGUUUCAAGCGAAAAAGUAAUCUUAAUUACCACAUGAAAGUUCACACUGGAGAGAGCCCUUUCACUUGCCAACAGUGUGGAAUAAGUUUCACUCAAAUAGGAAGCCUUAACAGGCACAUGAGAAUUCACUCCGGAGAGAAACCUUAUUCAUGCCCUCAGUGUGGACAGAGUUUCUAUCAACAGGGAAACCUUAAAAUCCACAUGAGAAUUCACACUGGAGAAAAGCCGUACACAUGCCCUCAGUGUGGACAGAGUUUCUAUCAACAUGGAAACUUUAAAGUCCACAUGAGAAUUCACACUGGAGAGAGCCCUUUUACCUGCCAACAGUGUGGAAAAAAGUUCAACCGCAAAGGAAACCUUAAUUAUCACAUGAGAAUUCACACCGGAGAGAAGCCUUCCAUAUCACAUCAGAGUGGGAAGAGUAUCAAUCAAGAUGUAAACCUUAAAGUCCACAUUAAAAAUAAUAAUAUGGGAGGGAGUCAUUUUACCUGCCAACAUUGUGGAAUAGGUUUCAGUCAAAAAGGAAUCCUUAAUAGGCACAUGAAAAUUCACACCGGAGAUACAUCUUUUUCAUGCACUCAGUGUGGAAAGAGAUUUGAUCAUCGUGGAAACCUUAAUGUCCACAUGAGAACUCACACUGGAGAGAAGCCUUUUACCUGUAAACAGUGUGGAAAAAGUUUCAACCGAAAAGGAAACCUAAAUUACCACAUGAGAAUUCACUCUGGAGAGAAACCUUUCACCUGCUCUCAAUGUGGAAAGAGUUUCUACCAACAGGGAAACCUUAAAAGCCACAUGGAAAUGCACACUAAAGAGAAGCCUUACACAUCCCCUCAGUGUGAAAAGAGAUUUGAUGAACAUGGAAACCUUAAAGUCCACAUGAGAAAUCACACCACAAAAAGGCCUUUCACCUGCCAACAGUGUGGGAAAAGUUUCAACCGAAAAGGAAACCUUAAUUACCACAUGAAAGUUCACACUGGAGAGAGCCCUUUCACCUGCAAACAGUGUGGAAAAAGAUUCACUCAAAUAGGAAGCCUUAACAGGCACAUUAGACUUCACACUGGAGUGAAGCCUUACAAAUGCCCUCAGUGUGGAAAGAGUUUCUAUCAACAUGGACACCUUAAACUCCACAUGAGACUUCACACGGGAGAGAAGCCUUUUACCUGUGAACAGUGUGGAAAAAGUUUUACUCAAAAAGGAAUCCUUAACAGGCACAUGAGAAUUCACUCCAGAGGGAAACCUUAUUCAUGCCCUCAGUGUGGAAAGAGUUUCUAUCAACAUGGACACCUUAAAGUCCACAUGAGACUUCACACUGGAGAGAAGCCUUAUAAAUGCUCUCAGUGUGGAAUGAGUUUCUAUCAACAUGGAAACCUUACAGUCCACAUGAGAACUCACACUGGAGAGAAGCCUUUUACAUGUGAACAGUGUGGAAAAAAUUUCAACCGAAAAGGAAACCUUAAUUACCACAUGAAAGUUCACACUAGAGAGAGCCCUUUCACCUGCCAACAGUGUGGAAAAAUUUUUACUCAAAAAGGAAUCCUUAACAGGCACAUGAGAAUUCACUCUGGAGAGAAACCUUAUUCAUGCCCUCAGUGCGGACAGAGUUUCUAUCAACAUGGAAACCUUAAAGUCCACAUAAGAAAUCACACCCCAAACAGGCCUUUCACCUGCCAACAGUGUGGGAAAAGUUUCAAACGAAAAGGAAACCUUAAUUACCACAUGAAAGUUCACACUGGAGAGAGCCCUUUCACCUGCCAACAGUGUGGAAUAAGUUUCACUCAAAUAGGAAGCCUUAACAGGCACAUUAGACUUCACACUGGAGAGAAGCCUUACAAAUGCCCUCAGUGCGGACAGAGUUUCUAUCAACAUGGAAACCUUAAAGUCCACAUGAGACUUCACACGGGAGAAAAGUCUUACAAAUGCCAACAGUGUGGAAAGAGUUUCUUUCAACAUGGAAACCUUAAAGUCCACAUGAGAACUCACACAGGAGAGAAGCCUUUUACCUGUGAACAGUGUGGAAAAAGUUUCAACCGAAAAGGAAACCUUAAUUACCACAUGAAAGUUCACACCAGAGAGAGCCCUUUCACCUGCCAACAGUGUGGAAAAAGUUUCACUCGAAAAGGAAUCCUUAACAGGCACAUGAGAAUUCACUCCGGAGAGAAACCUUAUUCAUGUCCUCAGUGUGGAAAGAGUUUCGAUCAACAUGGAAACCUUAAAGUCCACAUGAGAAUUCACACUGGAGAGAAGCCUUACAAAUGCCCUCAGUGUGGAAAGAGAUUUGAUCAACAUGGAAACUUUAAGGUUCACAUUAGAAUUCACAGUGGAGAGAGUCCUUUUACCUGCCAACAGUGUGGAAAGAGUUUCAACCGAAAAGGAAACCUUAAAUAUCACAUGAAAAUUCACACUAGAAACAAAGAGUUCUGAUCAACAAGCAAACCUUGAAGUUUACAUGAGAAGACACACUGGAGAGAAGCAUUUUAUCUGCCAACAUUGUUGAAGAACUGGUGGAAGUUUCAACCGGAAAGGAGUUAUUAACCCCUUUAGGUUCAAAGAUCGAAGCUGUCCCCAGAUUUUUGUUGUUUAACAUUCACCUCACGUUAAAACAUCAGACUCUUACUUGAUCUGGGCAAAUUGAGUAUCAUUAGAAAGAUUAAAGACUU